ACAAAAAGAAAACGGUAAAACAUUAGCAAACCAGUAGAAAGCGAAGGUAGCUGGAAAGAAGGAAAAAGCAGAAAGAAAAACAACAACAACAACUACAACAACAAACAAAAAAGGAAGAGUACAUGUGAUCCUAGAAAACCAACCAAACGACACUAAACGGGGGAACUGGCUGGCUUCAAAGGCUGGCGCGUAUACGUCUCCAUACAACAUACAGCAUUCACUCAAUUAGAGAUAAAGAAAGAAAGAAAGAGAAAUAGACAGGACAGCCAGAGAGAUUCAUACGGACAUUUCAACUUUUUAUAUAUACCACGCGAACGUAUAUAUAUAUAUAUAUAUAUACAUAUAUAUAUAAACACACCACACGCGUAACACAUAUACAUGAAGCCAGACAUACACAUACUCAGACAGACGCGUGUGCAGGACACAUGAGAGAAAAUACGAACGACCUGAAGCUCGUAAGACUAUAAAAGACCAGUCAUCAAUAUAUUUAUUUCUCAAUAUCUAUCAAUCGAUAUAUAAUAUAUAUAUAUAUUAUAUAUUAUAUAUAUUUUCAUAUGCAUAGAUAGAUUUACCAAGCUUGGCAGGUCCCCUCACUUUGACGACCUCCGUUUUGUUCAGCCGUGGCGUGACUGCACUAGCAGAACAACGUCAGUGCGAGCGGCUAUGUUUCCAUGACAACUGCUUCCAAGAAUGGUGAAGACAUUCCAAGCCUACUUACCGCCCAAGUGCCAUCGCACAUACAGCUGUGUGCAUUGCCGUGCACAUCUUGCUAACCAUGAUGAACUCAUUUCCAAGUCUUUCCAAGGAAGUUUAGGACGUGCCUACCUCUUCAACUCUGUUGUCAAUGUUGGGUGUGGCCCUGCUGAAGAGCGUGUCCUCCUUACAGGUCUUCAUGCAGUUGCAGAUAUCUACUGUGAAUGCUGUAAAACCACCCUUGGGUGGAAAUAUGAACAUGCCUUUGAAACGAGCCAAAAAUACAAAGAAGGCAAGUUCAUUAUUGAGUUGGCCCACAUGAUUAAAGACAAUGGCUGGGAGUGAAGUUAGACAUUUCUGAUGGGCACGGCAGAGGUGAUGCAUGGCUUGUUCCUCUGCCAAACCACUACAGCAGGAACUUUUUGAAGGAGAGGAAGGAAGAGGGAGGGGAGAAAAAAAAAAUUUUUCAUACCACCACUCCUAAAAAAAAAAAAAAAAAAAUUAUUUAAACGAUAUAUAAAAUAAAUAAAUAAAUAAAUAAAUAAAUAAGAGUGACAGAAAGAAAGAAAGAAAGAAAAGAAAACGGAAUCCAUUUGCUAAUUAUUCUGUUUUUAAUUGCUUGUUUUUUUUUUCUCUCUUUUCUCAUCUUUCUUUUCCCCAUCAUUUCAUUACAGUCUCUUCUCUCUCUCUCCUCAUCUCUAUUCAUAUCUUGUCUGUCUGUUUGUCUUUCUCUCUCUCUCUCUCUCUCUCUCUCUCUCUUGUUUUUUUUCCUUUCACUCUUUGUCUAUAUAUAUAUAUAUAUAUAUGUCUUUCUCUCUGUGUCUUUCAUGUGUACAUCACACACUCACACACAUAUAACGGACAUGCAUGCUUGCCCAUACCUCCCAAUGCAUUUUAUUGCAACCAACAGUCCCUUUCUCAAAGCUUCUGUUCUUUCUUUUCUCCCCUUUUCUUUUUUCCCCUUUCUCUUGCUUUCAUGACCCUUUAUGUUGUCCCCAAACAGAAGCUUAAUUGCUUUCAAUUUAUUAUUCUUAUUAUCAUCAUUAUUAUUAUUAUAGUGCUCAAUAAAAUGAGUACCAGUAAACUACUGGGGGGUGGCCAAUAUACACCCUCCCACCUUCUCCUUCCCCUCCCCAAUUUUCUUUUUGUUUUGGCUUUGUGCCAAAGUUCUUCAAUGUCCAUUUCUUUGUUACUACCACAACAACUACUACUACUACUAUUUAUAUGUAAUCAUCAGCUGUUUAUGCCUUAUUUGUAAUUGGGGUUACAUACUACAUCCAGCGUCACACCACAAUGCACCUCACCACUCCAUAUCGUGCCACAGCAGCACACCACACCACAACACAACCACACGACAACACACCAUUUCACCAUCACUUUUGUCCUCAUCUCACUGCUUUCGUGUCACCAUCAAACACAUACAACCUCACACACACACACACCACACACACUGUUACUACUACAUCAAACUAUCAGCCCCUCCUCUCUCUCUCUCUUUGAACAACUUCUCUCACAAACCACCAACGACAUCACAUCGUCAGCAUCAAAACACACAGCAAAAGCGAAA